CGCAGCUCCUUGCGCCAGUCUGAGCGGCACUCUCGUUGCGAGAAUGUGCUUUUUGGCGCGUAACAUCUUCGAUUUUUGUAUAUCACCCUUCGUCUGAGAGAUCAACAGAAGACCCGGAGUCCACACCCCACAAUGAACAAUUCAACAGAGAUUGGGGCCUUUUUGGAAUGUACCAACGAUGCCAUUCCGUCCUUUUAUGAAUAUAUUUCGGGCAUGACACCAUUUCUUAUGGGUCUCACAGCAACUGGCGGUGUACUCUUCCUUGCUACCCUAACUAUCUACUAUAGGAAUCUCAAGAAGUUGGUGCGACGAACGCCAAAGUCCUUUCUCGCGAGGACUCUUCUCCUCUGUGGCAUUUACCAAAUUGUCUCAGCGGCAGCUUUUGUGUCCAUUCUUGUACCGAGAGCCAUCCUUCUAUGCGACACGGUAGCGCAUUUGACCUUUUCCUUUUGCACCUAUCAGUUAAUUUGUUUAUUUAUAGACUAUGCUGGUGGGGAAACGAAUUUCAUCAAACAAGCUAAUACUGACGCCUUCUCUCUCCGGACGCCGCCAUGUUGCUGCUGCUGUUGCUGCCUUCAUCCCGGUCGUCCUUCUAAAUCAACAUUCCUUCUCAUAAGGACGCUCGUACUGCAAUUCCCUAUUGUUCAGGGGGUGCUCUUCAUAUCUCUAAAUGUUUUAUUUGUUGAAAAUGAUAGAUUAUACAGCAAAGUAUUCUUGUACUAUCUUCCCUUUAUCAUAACAUCAAUCCUUCUUGUUAUUUGGGGUCUUAACAUCAUUGUACGCAUGAUGGCACCCAACUACCCUCAACUCCGCCUCAGGCCUAAGUACUUUGCAUUGCAAUUUGUACUCAUGAUGACGAAGAUUCAACCAGGGAUUGGGAAUGUAAUUGUUGCAAACAUUGACUUUCCCUGUUGGUACCCACUUACGCCAGCCCUCUAUAAAAACAUUAUUGUUCAAAUAGUGAUCCUUACGCAGAUGGUCAUCCUCUCAGUGUGGUCACAAAAACUCUAUCGGGCACCCAGCAAAAAUACCAUGAAGCUCAAUGAACUAUCAUGAGAACUUCCUAUUGGCGUCAAAGACGUCACAAAAACAGUAUUAGAGUCUCUUAGUCAGAAUGCCAGGAAUUUCUGGUACAUUAGACGAAUUUAAAGAAAUUACAAUGAUAGAAGAUUAGGGAGAUAUAUAAAGCUCCGUAAGAUGAAAAUAGGCUCGAUUAAUUUAGUGUGAGGUUUCAAAUUGUCGAUAUGGUAUAAUUAUUAAAUUAACGCACGGUACUAAUUAGUGACAAAUAGAUUUUAAAAUGUUAGAUUUUAGAAGUGCUCAGGAAAACUCCUGUUGACAGGUAGUUCAGAUUAAAGAACCAAGAUAAAUGUUUUUUUUUUCUAACUUUUGAACCUUUUGAAUGUGAAUUUUUUGUGAUUUUCUCGAAUAUUUUUCUUACUAUGACUAUAUCGUUAAGUAAAAAAAAGAGAUCUUGUUUUGCUCGUAAUAGAUAGUUUAGAAGACAGUGAAGAUCCUACGUGAGGACCAAAUAAUUUAGAAUCCUUAAUUUUCACUCACAUACACAAUUAUUCAUUAGUCUUUCUAAUAAAAAAACAAUAUUGUUAUUCUUUUAUUAAUAUAAUGAUAAUUUUUUUUUGAAAUAGCUAAUAGAUUUUGUGCUUAAUAAAACUAAAGAGACUAUUAGUACAGUGAUAGAAGAACCAUAACCGAGUAUUUUGGAGUUUUUAAAAAAGUUUUCAAAAAAAUGUUUAAAUAGGUAGGUUACUAAUAUUUUUUGAUUAUGCUGGCUUUUUGCCACUUUUAGAAAAUACUAAUAGUUAAAAUAAUACAAGUGAUAGAUUUGUAGAAUUUAAAAGAAUUAAUGAGAAUAGAGAAUAUAUUUUUUUAGUAAAAAAAAUUAUAUGAGGAUGAUGAUUUUAAUGAAAAAUUUUCUUUUACUCUUACAAUUAAUAACAUACAGAAUUCUGUUCAAUAAUCAUUUAUUUAAAAAAGGAACAAAUCAAUAUAUAAAUCAUAUAAAAUUAACUUUAUUUUUGAAUAACAGUGUUCGAAUUAGUUAUGUAUCCACCCCUUAUAUUCAGUUAAACAAAAAAUCUUUGUUCAGAAAUUAUUUUAAAUAAGAGUUUUAUUGCUUUAAAAAUGGUAACCCUUCUCAAAUUCUCGAAAUAAUAUUUUAUAUUAGUUUUAAAUGCAAUAAAGCUUCAACAAAGACAUUCAAAUGUGAUUUUAUAAAUAUGAUUUAGAGAUAAUAAAACUAAUUUUUAGUGUACAA